AUGCAGUUCGUUCUCGGCAAGGGCACGGGGGCAGCGUCCGCCUGCCUUGCCCUCGCCUACGCAUGCCUCUCCGCAAGACGGGCUGAUGCCUUCGGGCUCGGCCUCAGGCCCAUCCCCUCGGCCGCGUCAUCGUUCAACCCGGGGGGCACGCUGCCACACACGGUCGACGUCGGAAGCAGUGGCGGGGGGGGCCGUGGAAUGAGCAUGUACUCGGCGUUCAAGAAGGGGGGGGGCAAGGGCAAGAAGAAGAAGGGAGGCGGGGGGAAGAAGAGUGCCGGGGGUAGGGGGGGCGGCGGCAAGGGCGCGGGGAGGGGAGGGGGGAGGGGUGAUGGCGGCCCUCCUUCGCCGACCGUCGAUACAUCCCGGAAGGACUUCGUGUACCAAAUGAACCGACUAUCCAAGUCUUUCGGCAAGGGGACCAGCAUCCGUCCGGUGCUCAAGGACGUGAGCCUUUCCUUCUACCCAGGGGCGAAGAUCGGAGUGCUGGGCUCCAACGGCUCCGGAAAGUCUACCCUGAUGAAGAUCAUGGCCGGGGUGGACACGGAGUUUCAGGGGGAAUCUCGCCUUUCGGACUGGGCGAAGGUGGGCUACCUGGAGCAGGAGCCUAAGCUGGAUGACGGGGACACGGUGUCGUCGAACAUCGAGGCCGCCGUCGUGCCCACCCGCACCCUGCUGAAGGAGUACGAACAGGUGUCCGCUGAAAUGUCGAGCGAGGGGGCUGACAUGGACAAGCUUUCGAAGGAGAUGGACCGUCUUCAGAACGCCAUCGAGGCGGCGAACGGCUGGGAGCUGGACCGCGUGCUGGAGAGAGCGAUGGACGCCUUGAGGUGCCCCGAUGGAGACGCCCUCGUGGACAACCUGUCAGGAGGAGAGAGGAGGCGUGUGGCUCUGUGCAAGCUGCUGCUGAGGCGUCCCGACCUGCUGUUGCUGGACGAGCCUACUAACCACCUGGAUGCAGAGAGUGUGGCGUGGAUGGAGGACUUCUUGAAGUCGUUCGGAGGCACCGUGGUGGCAAUCACGCACGACAGGUACUUCUUGGACAACGUGGCCGAGUACAUCCUCGAGCUGGACCGUGGGGAGGGCUUCCCUUUCAAGGGCAACUACAGCGGAUUCCUGGAGAAGAAAAUGGCCAGGCUUGAGCUGGACGCCAAGAUCGAUAAUAAGAGGAAGGCGUCUAUCAAGAAGGAGCUAGAGUGGGUGAGGACGAACCCGAAGGCUCGACAGGCCAAGUCCAAGGCUCGUCUAGCACGCUACGACAGCCUCAGCCAGGCGGACGAGGCUGCUGACGCCGCCGCGAGAGCAUCGUUAGAGAGCAUCUUCAUCCCCCCCGGCAACCCUCUCGGUACCAUCGUCGUCGAAGCGGAGGACCUCGGCAAGGCGAAGGGAAAACGUCUUCUCUACGAUGGGGUUAACUUCUGCCUUCCCAGGGGGGGUGUCGUAGGGAUCAUCGGUGCUAACGGAGUCGGGAAGUCGACGUUGCUCAACAUGAUCGCCGGUCUGGACACCCCGGACAUGGGAAAGCUAGUGGUGGGCGAGACCGUGGACGUGAUGUACGUCGACCAGAACAGGGAGGGUCUAGACGACCCCGAAUUGUCGGUGUUCGACGCCGUGACGGACGGGGCUGAUGAAAUUACGCUGGGGCCCCGCACAAUCAACAGUCGCGCCUACCUGUCUUGGUUCAACUUCAAGGGAGGGGACCAGCAGAAGAAGGUUAACCUGCUGUCUGGGGGAGAGCGGAACCGCCUCAACCUGGCUAGGACGCUCAAGCAGGGAGGGAACCUGCUUUUGCUCGACGAGCCGACCAACGACUUGGACGUGGACACACUAAGGGCGCUGGAAGACGCCAUCGAUGCUUACCCGGGGUGCGCGGUGAUCGUGAGCCACGACAGGUACUUCCUGGACAAGGUCGCGACGCACACGCUCGCCUUCGAGGACGACGGGGGCGUGGUGUGGUUCGAAGGCAGCUUCGCCGAGUAUGAGCAGGACCUCCGGAGACGGGCAGGGGGCAACGAGCCCAAGAGACCCAAGUUCAGGCCGCUUCCGGCCGUCUGA